CAUUCAGCCAUUACAUAUUACACAAUGCACUCGCAUCAAACAAGCACAGCCAUCUGUGCUGUGUUGGAUGCACAGUGUAUGUUAUUGGUGGUUGAGUUUAGGGGAAUUUUUCUUUUGUUCUGACUUACACAGAAUAAGCCAAAUGGUGAGUUAUGUGGGAUCAACAAGCAGCUCUCUGCAUAGAUAUAGGCAGGGGAAACACUCCUUUGUACUGCAGAGUAUUAAACUCUCAGCAAACCCUCAACCCUCAGAUCUUUUCACAGGAACAUUCAAAAUGAUCUUAUGUGUCAUUGUUAUGUACCACUGUUUCUGCAUGUCAACAGGAAGGGGAUCUGACGUUGAAUGUACCCUAAUGUAUUUUUACAGUAAACUUUGAACUAAAAUUAGUAGUUGGCCCAGAUAUUAAUCCUGAUAUUAAUCUUAGGAGAAAAGAUGCUACCCGAUCCCAUAGACAUCCAGUAACUGAGAUAAGGAGAAAAUCUAAUUAUCGCAAUGUUUUUGAUCAGAUACAUGAAUCAAUUUCAACCUGCAUGAAGUGAAGAAAAAAAAGAUACAAUCUUAAGUCAGAAACAACAGUGAAUCAUGGUGUUUUUAAUUUUAUAUUCUGGAAAAUCAAUUGAUAAAUUAAUUAUGGAUCAAAUAAUUAAAGAUGAAUGGCCAAUCCAGUGACUUCAAUGCCUGAAAGGUCGCUUUGUUUUGGCAUAUUAAUGAAAAAAUCCAUUAUUUCCAUACAAAAUCCUCUUAAUUGAUUUACAUCAUUGCACACAAUAGCCCCAUAAAUCCAAAGGUAUUCUAGCUGUGUGGUAUGUGGACAUAUUCAGAUCAACUAUGAUGUCCAAAGAUCCAUCAGUAAGCAGCAUUUAUAGUUGUUGAUGUGUUUUAUUUAUCCACAGUCUCUGCUCUGCUUUAUCAAGGCAGGCUUGGAUAAAUCUGAUAAAAGAGGUUUUAUUAGUCGCUAAUGAUGAUCUGGAUCUAAUUUCCUUGAAUACCGAACACAGUGAUCAUGUUUUAAAACAACAGCACGUGUCCUCUCUGGGUCUUUGAUGAACGUUUAUAUGCAGAGGAUUGCUUUUUGGACUGAAGUGAGGGCCUUUUUCAAUCAACACAACAAACGCAGAGGAACCAGCAAGCUUCCUCCAAACCUCCCAUAUGACAUACCAUGACUGCGAACACUGACAAUGCAUCAUUCUGUCUAAUUUCACUGGUGACACUGCACCAUCUGACUCUGACCUCAUCACAAGCAGUGCCACAAUGAAGCCCUCAUGAGUGGGCAAAAUGACCUCGACUCCAUGAGUCCCAUUUCGAACCAAAAUGUAUGCGAUUUAAAUUUAAAACAGAAAGCUUUAAAUCUUUGAAGUUGUUUUUUCAUGUGGCCUUGGUUAUUUGUAGUACAUGAUGAGACUCCAUUUAUACUUGUAUUCUUAUGUAGAUACAGAUCACAUAUUAAAGCAAAGUGUAGAUGAGACCUGAGGCUGUACGUGACGUAGUCAGUUGUCAUCUAUACCCUCGAGGUUUGUGUCCUCACUAUGCAGUUAAAUAUGUGUGCAGGACAAGCAGUAGCACGACAAGAGCAUUCAAAUUCCAAGGAAGGCAUUUUACUCAUACCUGUAAAUACAAUCGCUCCGCCUCCCCCUCCUUUUCCCCUCCUCUCUCAGGUAGACGAAUAAACACCAUGGUGGGAGUGGAGUGCACGUCUGAGCAAGCGAGGGUGUGAUCUCUGUCAAUUGGUCGACAAAGAGACCGACGGCCAGACAGAUUGAGACUGUCGGAGAAGAAGAAAAAUGGCUCGAAAUGUUAACUUUGACCUGAACCACCCUCUCAUGGAAGCUGGACUGGAGAGCCCAGUAGAUGAGGAAGGUGUCCAUGACUCGUUCAGCCAGCUGAUAGCAGAGCAGAGUCAGAACAGAGGACCGUCUGACGCCUUCGAGCUGCAGCAGCUUCAGAGACAACUGGACGAGGAGGAUCGAGACAAUGUAGCCUACCUGUCCAGCCCUGGACGUGAGUUUAGGGGAAGGAGGCAGGGCCAAAGGGACAAUGAAUGGGAGGACGAUGAAACACAGACAGACCCCCUCAUGGGGGAACGUUGGUCCUCGGCAACCAUGAGGAUCCUGUCCUCCAUGCCCAGUCGCACAAUCGGUCGCAACAGGGGAGCCAUCAUCUCUCAGUACUACAACAGGACCAUGCAGCUUCGGAGACGCAGGCAGAGCAGACCCGCCAUCCGAGACUUCGCUCACUCGGCCAGACCGAGCAUACGAGGCUACGGCAUGGAGGUCGACAGUACGGACGCAGAGGCGAGUAAGAGGGACCGCUUGGUGAACAACCUGCAGAACCUGUCAGUGAGCGACAGAGUCCGGAUGCUCCGAGCGAUGCCUCUAAAUGUGGCCGAGAAGAGUGAACUCAGGAGGCUAGCUUUGCAAAAGGAGAAACGCACAUUUUCUGGCAGUCAAAUCCCCUGUUGCAGUCAGCUCAAAUAUUACAUCAUCAUUGGUGUAAGACAGAGUUGGUACAGCUGGCUGUCCUUCCUGCACUCCCUACAGCUGUGGCAAGUGGCGCUUAAAAGAGUGAGCGGCCGUUUCGGCACUGGUGUCCUCUCAUACUUCCUGUUCCUUAAGACCCUACUCUUCUUCAACCUCUUCCUGUUUCUGGUGACGGGGGCCUUCAUGGUGCUGCCUCAAGCAGUGCACCCUCCAGUGCUGCCCGCGGGGAUAAGCUCCUUCACUGGGCUGGAGCUCCUCACCGGAGCGGGCUAUUUCUCCGACUCAGUGAUGUACUAUGGAUACUACAGUAACGACACACUGCGUAAGAGCUGCGCGGAUGAUGGUGAAGUGCAGAAUGUCUCUUUAUCCAAUGGAACCAGGCUGGACUGUGGGUCCAAGCACCUCUCGUACAACAUGCCGCUGGCAUACUUUUUCACCAUAGGAGUGGCUUUCUUCGUCACAUGUAUCAUUCUUGUGUACAGCAUGUCAAAGUCGUUUGGUCAGAGCUUCAGAAUCGACAAAUCUCACAGCAUCUUGGCCAUAAAGGUCCUCUGCUCGUGGGACUUCAAGGUCAUUAAGAAAACUUCUGUCAAACUCAUGUCUGAGAAUAUCUGCACCCAGCUCAAGGAGCUGCUAGCAGAGGUGAAUCAUAAGCAGGUCAACAAAACUAGAUGCCAGAGGCUGUGGAGACUGAUGGUUCACGGCCUGGCAUGGUCUAUCUGCAUAGCAAGCACCACUGCCUGUGUGCUUGCUAUUUACUACUUCUCUGAUCACAUGUACCAGAACCUCAAGCAUCUUCGCAGUGUCGUUCUACGCAAGACCCCCGUGUUGAAUGAGGCCAGCCUGCUGGCUCUCCCCGUGCUGGUGUCGCUCAUCAACCUGCUGCUGCCCGGCCUGUUCAACCUCACAGCCUGGAUGGAGGACUACGAGUCACCUUCUGUACGCACAUAUGUCUCCAUCGGCAGAAACUUGAUGUUGAAAGUAAGCGUGCUUGGAGUCCUGUGCUACCACUGGCUGGGUCGGGUGGCUGCUGACCCCAAAAUUAUUGGACUGAAGUGCUGGGAGAGCUUUGUUGGCCAGGAGCUUUAUCGUUUCCUGCUUAUGGACUUCAUCUUCACUCUACUGGACACCUUGUUUGGAGAGUUUCUUUGGAGGUUGUUCUCUGAGAAGGCGCUGAAGAGGAGGAGGAAGCCAGUGUUCGAUAUCGCCAGGAACGUCCUUGAACUCAUCUACGGGCAGACGUUGGCCUGGUUGGGUGUUCUCUUCACUCCUCUCCUGCCUGCAGUGCAGAUUCUCAAACUAUUGCUGCUCUUCUACAUUAAAAAGAGCAGCGUGAUGAUGAACUGUCAGGCCCCCCGGAAGCCGUAUAGAGUCAGCCAGAUGACAACCGUCUUCAUCACUCUCCUCUGCUUCCCCUCCUUCCUCGGUGCCUCCGUGUGUGUCACGUACACCAUGUGGAGCAUCACACCCUCCUCAUCGUGCGGUCCUUUCCGGGGACUCAAAACAAUGUUCCAGGCGGGGAAGCGGUGGGUGGAAAAAAUGGAAAAAGAUAAUCCCAACCUGUCCGUGUUGGCCAGGGCUCACUCCUACCUGGUGGAAAACCCUCUCUUCCUGUUUGUUGGAGCAGGAAUCUUCCUGAUUGUCAUCUACUUCCACAGUCAGGUGGUGGACGGUCAAAGGAAGAUCAUCGGCUUACUACAGGAGCAGAUAGAAAAUGAGGGAGAAGAUAAGAAGUUUCUCAUCACUCGCCUCCAGAAGAUCCACGAGCAAAAACGAACGCCCGCUCGAAGACUCGUCAGUCAGAACUCCAACUGUUGAGAUCCCAACCUCCAGUAGACGAGCCUCCUCAAUUCUCUGAGCAUUGAGGUCUGGAGAAAUAACUGGAAUAAUCACAGGGACGGACAACUGUAUAUAUUACCAAAUUCAAAUGUAUUUUGCAUUUCAAAUUUGGGCAGGACUUUAUUGGCUGUGAGGCAAAAACAAACAAAGUGGAAAUAUCAGGUGAAACAGAGCUGUCCGCUUUAUACAGUGUUGUUUAUAAAUGAAAGGCCUCAACUCAACGUUUUAGGAAAUUAAAUGUUAUGGACGCACAGUACAACCCUGAAGCUGAUGUUAGUCACCUUUACAUGGAUCAGCCAUCUCUCGUAAAAGCACUUUCAUAUCAACUGUGAACAAAUCGUUUUUAUUAUUAUCCUGGUGCAACAAAACUGUAUGUACUCCACAAUGUUUUUUUUUUUAAUGCUUUUUCAUUUAAAAAUUAUAUAUACUAAUUGUAUCAGUAUGUAUGUUGGACAGUAGGUUAACUUUGGAAGUUGAUGGUGUGAGUAUGAUUAUACCGGAAACUACUUGUUUUUGUUUUUUAAGUUGCUCCUUUUUAAAUAACAACCACUGUCAUACUGUAGUUAUUAAAUUAUGUUUUAUCAUAUCAA